AUGCUUGAGCUCCCUAACUACACGGCCUUAAAGACCUCACUUAAGUCGGGCGUACUCUUUGUCACUUUCCAUAACCUGGAGUCGCCUACUAUCAACUUGUGGGGCAGGAAUACCCAAAGCGAUCUUACAGACCUCGUCGGGAGACUUGAGGCUGAUAAUGACACCAAGGUCGUUGUUUUUAACAGCGAUGUUCCGAGAUUCUUUGUUGCCCACCUUGAUGCCUCUAUUCUUGCCGAACCUAAUGGUCCCGAUAUCAUCUACCCAUUCGCAACCCUUCUUCAUAAAAUCACUACUCUUCGCCAAGUUACAAUUGGCGCCAUAGAAGGCAAAGCGCGGGGAGCAGGAGCCGAAUUCUUGGAGGCUCUGGAUAUGCGGUUUGCAACUAAGACUGAAACUCUUCUUAGUCAGCCAGAAGUUGGGGUAGGCUUAACCCCAGGUGGCGGCGGUGCCCAGUUUCUCACCCAUCUAAUCGGCCGCGGACGCGCCAUGGAGUAUAUCCUAUCCGCUAAGGAUAUUACUGCGGACGAAGCUGAAAGGAUCGGUUGGAUUAAUAAAGCAUUCGAAACCUCAUCAGAUAUGUAUGCCUACAUCGAAGGACUAACUUCUCGAAUCCGACUGUUCCCCCUAAAUUCCUUGGGCGAAGCGAAGAGACUUAUCGACCGCGCUUCAGCCCCGUCCUUUGAGGACGUCAAGGCGGAGGCAGAGGCCUUCUCUAGGGUGGUAGUUGAGCCUCUUACCCAACAGGCUCAGGCAAGAUCAGCUGAAGUGAUCGGUAGUAUCGGCCUAUUGGACGCAGAGUUGAACCUGGGCGAAUUGAUGCCUAAAUUUUACGAGUAA